AUGAGGUCGUCGACGACGCGAAGCGGCUCGCAGACCGCUGAUGAUCGCCGUUCGGUGGUCUCCGGCAACUCGAGCACCGCGUCGACAUUGGUCGCCGAUAGUAUUGCCAGCGGAAAAACGGCCACUUCGCAAUUGCGCAAAUUCACAGCCGGCGUCGGAAGGCCUGGAUUAGCUCGAGAAGCCCGCGAGGCCGUUAGGAACGUGCUCAUCGCUCAGAAUCCAUUGCGAAAAGCGCCGAUCAGCGAGCCGGUCGAUUAUGAGAAGUUCAUCAAUGAGCGAAGUAUUCAGCUUGAAAAUGACGCCCAACGCGAAAUUGUGUUGUUCCCAAGAGAUGAUAUUGAGGAAGUGUCGGUGAAUCAGGAAUGCGAGACGAGUGUUCCGAUGGUGAAGGCGAAUGAUAUUCUGCAGGCGAAAUGGCUUUUGACGCGAGAAGCGUUAAAGUUUUACACGUCGCCGCACAAAUCCAUCGUUUUCAACUACGCAAAAUUUUCCGGCGAUUAUUCAGCGAACAACACAAGUUCGGUCAUCGAGAACGAGACGCUGUCAUCGCUGGUGUUCGAAUCGGACAUGUCGCUCGAAGAGGAGCGCGCCGCGUUCAACAUGUACGUCGGCGCCGCCGGCAUCGUCAAAGAAGGCUUUCUACUCGUCGUCAAAUCCGAUCCGACGCUCUUCGACAAUCUCAAGGCGUCGAAGAAGCGAUUCUGUGUGCUGAAGCGAAUGGAAGGCGGCGAGAUCACGUUCGAGAUUCGCAAAUCGCCGAACGAGCCGCCGAAACGGGCGCCGAUGAAAGUCGGCGGCGCGCAAAUCAAAUCGACGAAAAAAGGCAAAACGGUUCUUGAGAUCGAGCCGAGAAAAGAGGAGGUGUCGAGUUCGGAAGCGAAGAGCAUUCUGCUUGAGUGCGACGAGACGCGAGAACUUGAAGAAUGGCUCGUCGCACUUCAAACCGCCAUCGCGUUCGCCACCAAAGAGGAUGCGAUCUCGACGUGCUCCGAACUCGACAAAUCGUCGAAAUCGAAUGAAGCCGCCUCGUCGGGCAAUUUUGGCAGAACGAUGGCGCCCGAUACGGAGAGUAUUGGAAGCGAGGAUAGCACGAAUUCUCGUGGAAGCGAGACAUGGCGCGGUCGAAACUCGGCUGCGAGAGCCCUUCAGCCGCCAAUUGUUGACCGCCGAAACAUGUUCUCCCUCUACUAUCGAUUGCAGCCGUUGCCUUGCCCGAAGUUUGAAUCGUCGACGAUGCUCCUAUCUCGAAUGAGGCCUCAUCGUUCCAAUUCGACGACCUCGUUGAACAUCUCGGUGUCGCCGUCGAUGAUUCGAAAGACGUCGUCCUUGAAACGAUCGCAGAACACCUCCGUUACGAUAUUGGUGCCGAGCGCCCCAUUGUGCGUUUCUAUUGAAUUCCAGAGUUUGUUUCUUCGCCUUCUUGGACCUUCAGGAACACUUCAGCAGAUUGAACCGUUUUACGUCCGCCUUUUCAUCUUCGACAGUCAUGAAUGCCGACGAGUCUGCGAGGAAUUUCAUGUUCUUGUCAACGGCGAGGAAUUGCACAUCUCGGAGCCAGUAUUUGAUUCUUCGCUGAAAGUCAAUGGCAUUCAACGAAGUUUGCUGGUCGAUCGAAACGCCUCGAGAUGCCUUGUCUACCUUCCAUCGGCUCACAAGGAUCUUUGGCUCGUGUGCCGCGUCGAUCGUGUCCUUUCCGCCGACACCACCGCCGAUUUGUACAUGAAGGCGAACGCGGACCCGAAGGCGACGAUGAAACUGCAGAAGACGGUGGCGAUGGCGAUGACGAGAUUGUGCGGACAUCGGCAGAGAUUCGCGUGGGCGGCCAAACCGCUUUUCCCGAAUCUUCGACUCGAUUUGAGCUCGUCGGGCGGCUCGAAUCAAGGAUCGACGGCUUCCAAGACAUUCCAGUUGUAUCGUUGUGACGCCAAUCGAUUCUCGGAUGCCGACUUGCAAAGAUAUUUGACGGAUUUCAGCAAAAUCGAGAAGACGAACAAAUUGGCGAUACCGAAUGGCACCGUCACCAUCGCCGUCAACACUGAAGCGAAAAUCACCGACUUCCUAUAUCGUGUCAAUCCGUCGCUGUACCCGCUGAACCCGUGGAAUCCGGCGAAUGAUGACAAACCCAAUAUUCUUCCCGUCCUUCAACUUCAGACGUUUGGCGAUACGCCGAAUAAGCCGUUCAAUUCGCUUACAAAUCUCCUCUACAUUUAUCCGUUAAGCCUAAAAUACGACAAUCAGAAGGCGUUCUCGAAAGCGCGCAACAUCGCGUGCACCGUUCGAUUCGUUCGCGGCGACGAGGCGAUUCCGGAGAAGGCGAUGGUCGAUCGAAUGUCGGCGUCGGGUCCCUACACGAUAUCGGCGACGUGCGCGGUUCAACACCAUCAGCAGACGCCGACGUUCGGCGACGAGAUGAAAACGCAAUUGCCGCUGAAUCUGACGACGUCCGACCAUUUGCUCUUCGCGUUCUCGCACAUCUCGGUGGCGGGCAACGCGAGCGUCAAAACGCCGGAAUCGACGGAGACGCCGAUCGGCUACGCGUGGUUGCCGCUCGUCUGGAAGAAAGACCGAUUGGUGAUGGAAAGCGACGAGCAGGAGUUUGCGCUUCCCGUCGCCAUCGAGCUCCCCAAAUACUAUUAUCGAUCGAAGCCGACCGUGCUCGGCAAAGGGGAUGACGCGCAAUUCGAUGUCAAAUGGGUCGAUCAGAAGCCGUUGUUCCGCGUGCGACUUCGACUCGUCUCGUCGGUGUUCACUACUGAUGCCAAGCUGCAGACAUUCUUCCAGUCUUGCGAUCGAUUGUUAUCUAAAGGUAUUAUGGGAGAUGCUGCGGACAGUUUGAAGAGAAUGGUGAAGAGCAAGUCAUCGUCGCCAUCGACGGCCAUCACCGACGAGAUCCGAUCGUGUUCGCCGAUCGCCGAAGCAUCGAUGAGCCGCUCGCCGUCGCUCAAUGAUGAUCCGAAUCUCAAGAAUCUGCUGCAUUCAAUUCGGGUUCUUGGCGAUGUUCCAUUCGAGCGCCUCAUCUCGUUCUUUCCGAUUGUUCUCGGCCGAUUGUUUGCAAUUCUGCCGCAAGCGCCGACCGAUCAGCUCGCCAUCGCCACACUCCGCUCGAUUGUCUCGAUUUGCGACACGUGUUGCCUCAAUGGGAAACCGCAAGUUGUCCGCAGAUUCGUCAAAUAUCAUUUCACGCGGCCGCUGGUCGAUCGAUACGCCACCGGAGACGCCACUGUUCAUUCAGUCGUUUGUCGAUAUUUGCCGAUUAUGAUGCGCGAAAUGCAGAGCGACAUCGAUGAGCUGACGAUGCUUUACCGCCAAUUAUGGGUUCUCACCGACAUUGUGAUGAAGAGUAUGGCGCAGACGAUGUGCGCCGAGCAGCUCAACAAGAAAGCGCAAAAAGAUCGAUUCGGCGGCGAGCUACUCGAGCAAAUGGGCCAGGUGCUCGAGGUCGGCGUGCCGCAGAUCAUCGCCAAACAUCGCGAGAUUCCCGAGGAGAGUCGAUGCGCCAAUUUGGCGUUGGCCUAUUUCGUGCGGUUCGCUUUGAGUUUUGUCGAUCGCGGCGUCGUGUUCAGAUGGAUUCAUUUUUACAUUUCCCAUCUCGAUGAUACGGAUUAUCGAGCGCUUCGUGAAUAUAAAACCGAUCUAUUGGAGAUUAUCUGUAUGCACGAGCACUUUAUUCCGCUCAAUCUUCCGGUCCUCAUCAAUUCGAUGAAUCAGAUUCAGCGUUUCAAUUAUUCGGGAGGCGUCGUUGAGACUCAACUUCACACCACCAAUGCUAGCGGCACCGGAUUCCUAUCGAGAUUCUUCAAUCAGAUUUUUAAUAUUCCGACACUUGAAUCCACCGAAUCGGAUCGAUAUGCAUUAUGUUCUGGAGAAUGGCAUUUGACGAGAUCUUACGCGAUGAAUCACUUUUUGAUUGGAUUAUUGAUGCAGGAGCUGACUGCUUGCUUAAGGGAGACGAAGGAUUAUCGAAAGCGGCCGAUCUCGCUGCUUCGGAAUCUCAUCGCGAAGCAUUCGUUCGACAAAAGAUAUGUUGAUUUGACGAUUCAGCGACGAAUCGCGCUUCUCUACGCGCCCGUCGUCACGUUCGCAUUGGACCAUUUGCACGAGUUGGAGACGAAUGAAUAUGAGGAUUUGGACGCGACGCCGACGGGAUUCCGAAGUUUCACGCAGCCGGCGAACAAGUGGCGAUCGCUGAAUCGCUACACGAAUGCGGCGUCGGCGUUCGGACGCGGAUCGCCGGCGAGAAAUUCGAGUCCCGUGCCGUCGGCAUCAAGACCGCCGCAAAUGCCACCGCCGCCACCGCCGUCGUCGAGUGGAUCGAGGGCUCCAACGAGCGCGGCCGCCACCACAGCCACCUCAACGCCGCUCGCCGAAAAGCUUAGUGAUGACGAGAUCCAGGACAUCCUCAUAUGUUGUUUAUACAUACUCCAACGAAUGCCGAAGCGUUUGCUGUCGGCGAUUUGGGCGGAGAAUGACGGAGCGAAUGCGGAGAAACUGUUGAGGCUGCUCGAAUUGAUCGUCGAGGUGUUCAAGUAUCGGGGAAAAGAGCACGCACUUCGAAAGACGGCGGCGAACUCGAAACUCCGUUCGCAGUUCACAUUGAAUUUGCCGUCGCGGACGCCCAACUCGCGAUUGUCGGUGGAUCGAGGCGGCGGCGAGCCGCCGGUGGACGAUGAUUCGACGCCGACGAACUCGGUGCCGUUCCGCGUCCUUCAACUCGUCAACCUUUCGCAAGAAGUGGCGCUGAUUGUCGUCGAUGUUGCGCAGACGUUCGCCCAUCAGCUGGCUAGUCAGCGGAAUCGAUGGCCGCACUCGGAGAGCUUGUUCGUUGGCAUCCUCUCGCUUCAUUUGAGACUUGCCGAUGAUAAUUGGUCGGAAUCGGUGCGGCUUCAUGUCAUCGCAGCGCUCGCCUUGUUCGUCAAUUUGUUCCGCGUGCGAUUCUUCGAAGGCGGACCAUUGGAGCCGUUGUACAUGCUGAUCGAGAAGGUGCUUAUCCAGAUGGCGAGCCGUUUGCCGGCGGUUCAAGCCGCCGCUGCCGCUCUUCUUCAGUUGAUAUUGCGGAAUGGCUACGAGGUGGCUCAAGGCUACUUUGCGACACAGGCGAUGGCGCAGAGUGUUCAGCCGGCGUCGACGAAAUCGUCGACAAGAAAGAUGGUCACCAGCGAGUGGCUUGGGCGACCGGGAGCUCAGACAGGUGUUGCUCUUGCCAGACUGCUUGGAUUCCAGUCGGUGCUCUCGAACAGCUCGAACUUUGAAAGGGGACUGCUAGCGGUGGAAGCGCUUGUCGACACGAGAAAAGCCACCAGUUUCGAUCUUGCGGUUCUUGAUCUUUUGAGACAGUUACGAGGUGUGAUGUCGGCGACAGUCGCGCUGAAAGAUGCUGCCAAUGAUCCGAUUCGCCUCGCCGAUUUGCACCUUCAACUCGCUGACAGCUAUCGCGGAUCGGCGGCGUUGCGUAGCGCGUGGUUCGACACGCUCGCUGAGAUUUAUGAGCAGGACCGAUGGUUCGCUGAGGCUUCUGUGUGUCAUGCUCAUUCGGUCGCCAUCAUCGCCAGAGAGCUGGAGGAGAACAAAGAGAUCGAGGUCGAUUGGAGGAUAUUCGAAUGGAUUAAUAAUCAGAUUGCCGAGACGGAGAACUCGAAACGCGAUGCUGGCAAUGUGCAGCCGGCGGGAUUCACGACGGAGAAUCUCGCCACGAAAAUUGACAAAACCGCGUCGUCGCUGAUGCUUGCCGAACGAUUUGAAGCGGUUGGACCGCUCUAUCGAAUUUUGGUGCCGAUUCUCGAGAAGAAUAUGCACUUUACGACGCUGGUUAGUGUGUACGCCGAACUUCAGCAAACGUAUAGUCGAGCGGCGGAGGUUCGCACCAGCGGCAAACGACACCUCGGCACGUAUUUUCGAGUGCGAUUCUUCGGCGAAACACAAUUCAGAAAUGAGCACAAUUCGGAUUGGAUCUAUCGCGAGAUGGGUCUUACUAGUUUGGCCGCAUUUGCGCUUGGCAUGAAAGAGAAGUGCCAGAGGAUUUUGGGACAUGAUCGAGUUCAGAUUGAAGCCAAUGAACUGGAUUUGACGAAAAUUGAUUCGAAUAUUGCCUAUGUGCAAGUGACUCAUGUGGAGCCGGUGGCGAGCAGCGGCGAGAUUGCGAAGAACGAUUUCAGCAUGCACACGAAUGUCUCGCAAUUUUGCUACGAGUGCGCAAUGGUCGAAAACGAGAGGAAAUUGUCGCGCGAGCCGUCGAUCAGCGAACAAGUGCUGAAUCGCACCGUGCUCACCGUCGGCGGUGUGUUUCCGGCGACGCGACGCCGUCUGCCGGUCGUCGGCGUCGCGCACGAGCGCUUCACACCGCUCGAGUUUGCGUGCCAAAAGCUGAACGUGAAAGCCGAACAGAUACGAAAGACGCUGGCGACGGCGCGCGACGGUCGCGCGCUCGACGUCAAAGGAUUGCAGCUGCUUCUUCAGGGCGCCGUGUUGCCGACGGUGAACGCGGGACCAUUGGCGUACGCGGAGGUGUUCACGAAAGAUGAGCAAAAAGAGAGAUAUGGCGAGAAGGGCAUCAAUGAGUUGAAGGAAGCGUUUGUGAAUCUGAUGUCGGCGUGUCAGUUGGCGAUCGAAGCGAACGAAUCGGCGAUCGGAUCCGACCAGCAAACGUAUCACGAGGUGCUCGUUUCGUCGUUCGACGCGAUGCACGAACGGCUGCAGACAUUCUUUGGGGUUUCGUUGAGACCCGAAGCCGAGAAAUUGCGUUUGCCGAGAAGCGCGAUGCAUGUUUUGGAUUCGAUUGGAGGCGUUCGAACUUGA